CUCUCUGAGAUAAAAAAAAAAUCAAGUCCCAGCCACUGCUUCCCACAAACCAUAAUAACCGCCAUGCCUAUUUCACACUGAACGCAAAAAUAUCCCAACUUUCUGCUCCAAUCUCUCUCUCCCGCCAUGCAAAUGUGUGUACCAGUUCGAUCCCCGUCGUGGGUUUCCCGGCGACGGAUCUUAGACCAGAAGCUCUCCGACCUCCACAGAUGUACAAACCUCAGCCACAUCAAGCAAGUCCACGCCCAAAUCCUCAAAGCCGACCUCCACCAGGACAUCCACUCGGCGCCCAAGCUCAUCGCCGCUUUCUCCCUCUGCCGGCAGAUGGCGCUGGCGGUAAACGUUUUCAAUCAGAUUGAUUACCCAAAUGUCCACUUGUACAACACUCUUAUCAGAGCUCACAUUCAGAACUCGCAGACUUCUCAGGCCUUCGCGGCCUUCUUCGAUAUGCAGAUUAAUGGGGUUUAUCCCGAUAAUUUUACUUAUCCAUUUCUUCUGAAAGCUUGUGUGGGCCGUCCGUGGCUGCCGGUAGUUCAAAUGAUUCAUGCCCACAUUGAGAAAUUUGGAUUUGGGUUGGAUAUCUUCGUGCCCAAUUCGCUCAUUGAUACUUAUUCAAAGUGUGGAUUGAUUGGUGUUAGCGAGGCGAAGAAGCUGUUUGUGGUGAUGGAAGAGAGAGAUACUGUGUCUUGGAAUUCAAUGAUUGGGGGGUUGGCAAAAGCUGGGGAGCUGAGUGAUGCACGCCGCUUGUUCGAAGAAAUGCCUGAGAGAGAUUCGGUUAGUUGGAAUACAAUAUUGGAUGGGUAUGUGAAGGCUGGGGAGAUGAAUGAAGCCUUUGAAUUGUUUGAGAAAAUGCCUCAGAGGAAUGUUGUCUCGUGGUCGACUCUGGUUUCGGGUUAUAGCAAAGCUGGGGAUAUGAGUAUGGCAAGAAUGAUGUUUGAUAGGAUGCCCUUCAGGAACUUGGUUCCAUGGACUAUUAUUAUAUCUGGUUAUGCCGAGAAGGGGCUUGCGAAGGAGGCGAUUAUGCUAUAUGAUCAAAUGGAGGAAGCUGGAUUGAAGCCUGAUAAUGGUGCUGUUAUUAGUAUAUUGGCUGCUUGUGCAGAGUCUGGUAUGAUUGGAUUGGGUAGGAAAGUUCAUGCCUCAAUUGAGAGGAAUCAGUUCAAGUGUAGUACUCCUGUCUCGAAUGCUUUGCUUGACAUGUAUGCCAAAUGUGGUGUGUUGGAUGAAGCAUCUAGAGUCUUUGAUGGGAUAGCGAAAAAAGAUUUGGUGUCUUGGAAUGCCAUGCUCCAAGGGUUAGCCAUGCACGGGCAUGGCGAGAAGGCUCUUGAGCUUUUCUCUCGAAUGGUGAAAGCUGGGUUUUUUCCGGAUAAAGUGACCUUCAUUGGGGUCUUAUGUGCUUGUACGCAUGUAGGAUUUGUGGAGGAAGGUCUUCAUGCCUUCAACACGAUGGAGAAGGAGUAUGGGAUUGUACCUGAAGUUGAGCAUUAUGGUUGCAUGAUUGACCUUUUGGGUCGUGGUGGGCGUCUCCUGGAGGCUUUUAGGCUUGUGCAUAGCAUGCCAAUGGAACCGAAUGCUGUUAUAUGGGGUACCCUUUUGGGGGCAUGUCGGAUGCAUAAUGAUCGGGAACUCGCAGAGGAGGUGCUUAAUCACCUAGUUAAGUUAGACCCGUCUGAACCGGGAAACUUUUCCAUGUUGUCAAAUAUCUAUGCUGCAGCUGGUGACUGGGCAAAUGUUGCCAAUGUAAGGAUGCAAAUGAGGAGCACCGGAGUCCAAAAACCUUCCGGGGCUAGUUCCAUCGAGGUGGACGACGAGGUCCAUGAAUUUACAGUUUUCGAUAAAUUACACCCUAAAUCCGACGAAGUGUAUGGGAUGAUUGACAGACUUCGUAUCGACUUCAAGCAAUUGAAUCUGUCAUCGCGGAGUAUUAGCAAUGUAAUAGGUGGAUAAAUUGUGAAAGAGGCAUUUAUGUGGUGAGCAUCAGCAUGACUUAAACUUGGCCAGAAGCACUUCUGCAAGCCUCCUAAUAGGAAAUUUUCCAAGGAAAAACUUCUCUCCAGUGUUCGUAGAUUAUAAACUUGUAUACUUGUUGAUAAAUAGAAGGGGAUCAAUCGUUUAAUUUGUUGCUUA